CAAAUAGAAAGUCACACCGGAGAUGUUAUUACUUCUUCAUCUCAUCUCUCUACUUUACUUCUCUGUUUCUAUCCAGGCCGCAAAAUCACCCAAACCAGAUCGAAUCUCAAAAUUAAUCUCACUCACCAAAGCUGGAAAAGGUGUAGCACCUUUGAAUGAUAAACUCUACGAUGAACUAGUUUCAGGAUCAAGAAAUUACUCAGUAACUGUAGUCCUCACGGCUCUUGGCUCUCAAUUUCAAUGUGUGCCGUGCCAGAAGUUCGAGGUUGAGUACAAUUUGAUCGCUAAACAAUGGCAAAAACAGCCUGCUGCGAUCCGGGACUCUCAUUUCUUUGCGAUGCUCGAUUUCAAGGAAGGAAAGGGAACAUUCCAAAAGCUUGGACUGAAUACAGCACCUCAGGCCCGUAACUUCUUGCCAAACGUUGGUCCCAAAGCAAUCACCGAUCCUAAAGCAGAAGUAGCCAGCUAUGACUUCAACCGAGGGGGACAAGCAGCCCUUACAGCCGAACAAUUCAGUCAAUGGGCUGGUCAAUCCGCCCAUCUUCCCGAGUUCUUCAAGCGCCCACCUGACUAUGGCAAAAUCUUUGCCACCGUCUGUGUUGUACUUGCUACCCUCAUCACUGCAAAAGUCGCAUGGCCUAUUCUUUCUCUUAUCUUCGGUAGUCGAUACAUCUGGGCCGUCAUCACUAUUCCAUUCAUCUUGUUGAUGACUGGAGGACAGAUGUGGAACCAGAUUCGAAACCCACCGUAUAUGACCCGUCAACAAGGUGGUACCCCAUUAUACAUUGCACCGGGUUACAGCAAUCAGUAUGGAGUAGAAACACAAUUGAUUGCAGCUCUAUAUGGUAUUACGGCCUUCGCUGCCUAUACAUUAGCAUUCACUGUCUCAAGACUAGAUGAUCCUGUUCGACAGCGAAUUGCAAUUUAUGUCUGGUUAGGCGUCUUAUUGACCACGUCAAGUUUUUUGAUGAACAUUUUCCGUAUGAAAAAUGGAGGAUACCCAUUCAAAUUUUUGUUCUAGUAGCCAACAUAGUCGUUUUCAAAAACAUUCUGCAAA